CACGCACGCAGCCAGAGUACAACAGGUGACGCGAAACCGUCACCAGUGUAGCUACGCACUAACCUCCCCCGUGCCCAGGUGUCGCCUCCAUGGUUCCGCCCUGCUGACGGAUGUGAUGGGGCGACGUCGUCAGGACAAACCUCGCCUCAUCCCGGAGCAAGACAAGAGGAUUUGCGGGUUCGUAUGUCUUUGCCAGCUGACCAUCGUCCUCUCCUGUGUCUCCCUGGUGUACCUCACCGUGGCUGUCUACAUGCCCAGUCACAAGGCGUUCAACAGCGGCAUGCAGCCCGUGCCCGUCAUGUGCCAAGCGGUGAACACCAGCCUGGUGAACAACUGUGACUGGGCGAGUUGUGGUGAAUGGUGCCUCACCAAGACAUCAGGCUUCUGUCCACAGAUCCAUGUAACAACUAGACACAACGGCACCAAGAUACAAGUCACUGGGUGUAGAGGAUUAAAACAAGUCUCCUGUCCACCGGUCAACUCCGGUGUUCUCCCCAAGUACAACUGUAACGAAGACAAGGUGUGUGCCUCGCUGACUGGUGUGUUCAACUGCUCGCUGGGACACUGCGCCAACAUGAGUCUGCUGUUCCAAUGUCACUACAAGGCAGAUGGCAUCGUCGUCGACAGCGACAGAGACAAUCUCAAGUUAAACGGUUUCUUCGAGUGUCAUAAAUCCAGGUGUACAAAAAUCAAGAACAUGCGCAACUUCUACUGCGAGCGCUACUGCAACAACAUCCCGACGGGGAGCAACAACGUGAUCAUCCAGUACGACAACAACGUGUACACUGGCCGCUGCGGGAAGGUGGUGGCCUACGACGAGGCUAGGGGUGGUGACCGAGGGGGUACCGAGGUCUGGGCGGCCUCAGAGCAGCGGCCUCACGAGGUUCUCCUAGCGUCCUGCCACACCGUACACCCUGGCAAGGAUAGCGACUGGCUCAAUGCAACUGAUUGCAUAAACGGCACAAUCGCCAAUUCUACCAUGAUUCCUCCCAAAGUGAUGAACUUCACCAUCUACCGGCAUCUGGUAGAGAACACCACUCAAGUGGUGGACAAGCAACAGAGUUUCCUACCCAUGCAACACCUCCUGACCAUAUACAACUACUCUCGACUGUACAUCAACCUGGAAGGCUGCGUCAACACGUUGCGAGGGGAAUGUCGGGAGUUCCUCAACACACACGGCAACGACGGCGACAACUUCACUGCUCAAAGCAGGUUCCCUUGCUUCUAUAACAAGAAUGACUCGUUCCUGGUGGUGGCUCGGUUUGAUCUGGACAAGACGUGGAGAGAGCUUCUGGUAGCCAUCAUUGUACCUUCCACCCUGUUUGUCGUCUCCUUCAUAGCACUCGUAGUGGUGGCUCACUCGGUCAAGGUUGGGGACGACGCAAAGAUGAGAUGUCAAUUGUGUUCAGAUCCUCCGGAAAGAGAUGAAGAACUCUCCAUGGACGGAGUUUUACAUAGAGCAGACAGUCUUGCCAACCUUGAGCACGUGCAUAGCUACCAACCUAACCACAACAAACUCGACGACUGACAUCAUCAAACAUCACCGUAUAGCCAUAAAUGAACAUAAUUAUAUUAGCAGAUCCAUGGUAUAGCUACCAAUCUAACACCAAGUGGUAGCAAACAUAGCAGUAAAGCUACUAAGCUAACAGUAACAAACAUCACAGUUAUUUACCAACACAAGAGCAUUAGGAUUGACUACUCUAUGCAAACUCUAAUGGGGAAUCCAUUGGAAGAUUCUGUGGUAUACUUCACAGGGUAAUGAGAGGUAAAAAUAUCACUUUUUUCUACUAAGAAUAGUUAAGAAAAUUACAUAUUUUUUCCUCUUAAAAUGAAUUCACUAAAUAUUUUCUUAAGGAAAUGUAAUCUUUUACAGUCACAAUAAUGAAAACUUAAAAUAGUAUUUCUUAAGAAAUCCACGGCAAUUUUAAACUUCUGUGGCCAAAGUACAAUUUUUCAAACCCUUUUGCAGCCCUUAAAAACCCAAUCCUUAUAUUUUUUAUCUUCAGUAAUGUAAUAUUUUACAACUAUUACGAUACAACGUUUGACUUUAUGUGUCCAAAGUAAAAAAAACAAGAGUUGAUCUACUAUUUUUUCAAGUAAAUUCUACCUGUGUCUUUUUAAAAACGCUUAAAUGAAUUUAAAACUAAAGGUUUAAUUUAUUAACGCUUCCCGAAAUAGUUUUUAUAUCAAAACUAUACUAACUAAUAGAUCUAGUAGAAAAAUGUUAUUAAAUGUGAAUCAUAAAUUGAAUAAUGCUUUAAAAAAGUAAAAUAUAUUUUCUUAUCAAAUUUAUACUAAAACCCCAGCCUGAUUCUUGGUAUAGACGUAUAUUAUAUAUUUGAACCAUAAAAUAUUACAUAGUUUGUAAAUCACAGAAAAUAUAAUACUGUAAAUACAUAAUUUGAAAGUUACAUCGAAUGUUGUACAACAAAAGAAGUGAGAUAGUGUGUAUUUGAAAAGGUAAAAGUGAAAAGUUCAUAACGAUCUUAAUGUAAUUCUAAAUACAAAUUCAUUUUGGCUUAAUAUUAUUAAGAAUACCAAAAUCAUCAUGUGAAAUUGUAAUUUUCUUCUAUAUCUUGUUACAAACACUAUCAACUUCUUUUGUAAACGCUUUACCAAAGUUUCAAUGAAUAUGACACCAAUAAUUGUUGUGAAUAUUGUUAUUGUAUCAGUGUGAAGAAGCUACUCAAGCAAGGCUUGCAGGUGCUUCUACAAGAUGCAAGCUACGCAAGUCACUAAAGACCCUGUACACAAUUCAACUUGGUAAAUUAGAGAUCGCGUAGUUCUGAUUCUUAUAGCAUCGUUGGGAAAGAAAUA